AUAAAUUGUCUACAUAAAAAAUCAAACACAACUCAUGUAACGCGCCUCCGGGCAAUGAUUGUUAACGUUUUUUUUUCAGAAAGAGCAGAAACUAAAUAGAUGCAGUUGGUAUAAAAUAAUUCCUGCCAGUCCAUGAUAAAGUGACAGAGGGAAAAACAUUGUGAAAUGGAAUCGCCAUGGCAGAAUAUUAUACCUGAUAGUUUAUUGUUGGACAUUUUCUCCUACCUUGAUAUCAAAACCUUAGGCCGUUCAGCUCAAGUCUGUACGACAUGGAGGAGGGUAGCCUAUGAUGAAUUUCUAUGGCAUAAUAUUAUCAAGAGAGUAUGGAAAGUAACAGGUGGGUUGGCACCUGGGAAAUCAUCCUGGUACGAAGAAGUGAGGCGACUGACUGACCAUGUACCUACUGAAUGCUGCGAGACAUUAGAAAAACACACCGAUGAAGUUCUUGAUGUGUCUAUAUCUCACAAUGGAGAGUACUUCUGUACUUGCUCCAAAGAAGCUCUUAUCAUAAUGUGGAAACUUGGCAAAGAAACAGAGUUAGUUAAGUCCAUUGAUACAAAUUUAUUAUUGAAAUGGGAGUUGUCACAGUACUCAGCGUUCUCCCCUGAUGAUGCUCUUAUACUAGUAUGUGGAGUGCAACGUUUUGAUGCACCUCAAGAUGAUUGGGUCCAUUGGGCAAGAUGGGGAUAUGGAGUAGUGGCAGUAUUAACAGUACCAGAUUUAAAUAUUGUAUGUGUUGCUGAGAUGGCCACUUUAUUUGGUGCCUGGCUCAAUGAGAGUGUAUUUCUUACCAGUUUACCUCAAGAACAAUCAGACAAAAACGAUAUUCAAGCAUAUAAGGUUAGAGAUUGUGAUGUUUUAAAUUGUUAUUUGACACCAGAUUCAAAUAAACAUAAUAAUCCAGAUUUGGAAUACAGUAUUUUUGCAGACAUUCCUUACACGAGAAAAGCGAUACGAUUAUUUACCUUUCAAGAAAACAGACACCAUUUGAUGAACAUGCUUGUUGCUAAUGUACCUGUGAUAAAUAUAGAUUCAACACUGUCAUGUGAUCAGUCAAGGUCAGGUGAUUCAUCAAGGUCAUGUGACAGUGCUGAGACGCAGGAAAAUGAGUUCAUGGCCACGGAAUCUAUAAAUAGAACUGGUAUUGUAGAAGGAGCUUUAAGUUUAAAUGUAAAUAGAACAUGUGAUAUUCAUAAUUCCGAAAAUGUUUCCACAGUAUUGCCAGAAUAUAGUAGGACAGAUAUAACCGACAAAUCAGAAUUAUUGUGCCAAAAUGUUAAACAAUAUGUGAUAUUCACUGCAGGUGAACAUACUGUAAUAGGUAUCCAUGAAAUCUCUUCGGAAUCGUGUUCCAAAUUUUUGGAUGAACAUUGCAAUCAGGGUAGAAAGGAAGAUCUUCAUGGUGAUGACAUUGAUAAAAUAGAUCACUCAGUUACACUGAAGGAUUGCUAUAUUACAGGCUUAUGUCUAUCUCAUGAUCAAAGGUACUUGUACUUUAACUUUCGUGAAAUGGACAAGAAUACGCCAGAAAACAAGGUAGAUAACCCUGAAGAUGAAUUGCCAGUCUCAGAAAAGGUGUUUGACAAAGAACUAAAAAUAGGCUGCAUUGACCUUGUGACCUUGGAAAGAGUCAAGGACCAUGAGUUUACAGGUCAUGUAGCUUUCUCUGCAUAUCCUGCCUGGUAUAUAUGUCUGGAUGCUAGUCCUGAUUUUAUAGGAAGUGGAAGUGAAGAUUUGAGAGGGUACCUGUGGGACAGACAUUAUGGUGUUCCUAUAGGCAGGUUGUUUCACUCAGUCAGCGAUACAGGGAACAACACGCUGUAUGUGAUGUCAUUGUACGAUAGUACUGUCGUCAAUGGCAUAGUUUUCUCACCUGUCGACCAAGAGACUUGUGUUACAGUUUGUGAUGACGGCCUCAUAAAAAUCUGGCGAUCGAAACACAAAAUUAGGACAGCAUUGUCAGCUCGUAAAGCUCAUGCUAGGAGAGAAUUGGCCACAAAAAUUAGUGAAUUGAUAGAUAACCUGUGGAGUUGAAUUCCAACUUUAAAUAGGCCUCAUAUGAAUAACAGUUUUUGUGAUAAUAUAGUUUGUGUUUAAUUCUAUGCAAUAACGUCACAUUGAAUUGAAGUUUUCCAAGCAGUAGUUAGUUGGGAUAAAGUGAAUUAUGAAAGAGAUGUUUAACUUUUAUAACGUAUAGGGAUAGGUAGUAUAAUAUUAGUGUGCUACUCUGAUGUGUGGCUCGAGACUCCAAUUUCAUUUUGACUAGUGAGAAACCUCCACCUAGCUUAUGAAAGAUUGAGUGUUCACCAUCUACUUUAGUAGCAAUGCCUUGAAUGAUACAUAGAGUAGGAUUUAAGGACUUCCUUUGUCAGUUAUGUUGCUAUUGUCUUUCUGUUAGUAUAACCCCAAUUUUACAAGUUUUGUUGAAACUCAAUUUGUCAUAGGAUAAAGAUUGUUACUGAAAUAUCUGCAAGUGUGAAAUAUACUAAAUAGAUGGAUAACUUUGGAACAAUAUUGAUGUCAUUCAUUAAGUUAGAUAUAUGCACAUUGUAUACAGCAUUCUGUAUACAUGUUAUGUAAGAUAUUGUGACAUAUAUCAACUUAUAUCUGUGUGUAUGUGUAGGUUUGAGUUUAUUUAUGCUUGCCACUGGUUGCCCAAAUGGGCAAAUCCUCCAGAAGAGUACUAGUCAUUAUAGAUUUUGGAGGAUAAUGCAAGAUGCCUGAAUUCCAGAAGUUUCUCCUAGUUCUUUAGUAUGCCAAGUAUUUAAGCUCUCAUACACAGGACCUUGAUUUAAAAGUGUCAAUUGAAAGACUGUUUUAGUAAUUAUACCCCCAAAAAUGAAGUUUGGGGGGGGGGGUAUAUAGGAGUCACCCGGUGGUCGGUCGGUCCAGACGUCCGUUGCAUUUUCGUUGUCCGGAGCAUAACUUGAAGACUAAUGGUUGGAAUUCAAUAUAACUACAUACAAUGGUCAAGCACAUUGAGAGGAAGUGCAGUGCACAAGAACCAUAACUCUAUCUUGACUAAUUACAGAGUUAUUGCCCUUUGUUACUUUUCCUUGUCCGGGGCAUAACUUGAAAACUACUGGUUGGAAUUCAAAACAAAUUCAUACAAUUGUCAAACACAAUAAGGAGAAGUGCAGUGCACAAGAACCAUAACUCUAUCAAAAGUAAUUACAGAGUUAUUGCCCUUUGUUGCUUUUCC